UCUCCAUUUAAUCCAUCUUCAUCUUUAAUUCUCUUAAUCACAACAAAAUAAACAUAAACCAUGGCUAUUAUUGAGUCUUCAACCACGACAUACUCAUACUCCCCCCAAAACUUAAGGGGAUAUUUCAUUCCAUACAUUGUUCCAAGCCAUAUCUUCAAUUUAGUAGACAUAGCCAAACUCUUCGCCUCACGUGGUGUGCACGUGACAAUCCUCACUACUCACUACAACUCACUUCUACUGAAACAUUCCACUGAUGAUUUGGGGGCCCAGAUAGAGCUCCAUAUCAUUGACUUUCCUUCCAAGGAAGUUGGAUUACCUGAAGGAGUGGAGAAUUACAGUACUGCCACUCCUGAGAUGGCUAGUAAAGUUUUUCAGGGGUUCAUGAUGCUUCAGAAGCCCAUGGAAGAAGCUAUUCGGGCCGCUAAGCCCGAUUUUAUUGUAGCUGAUAUGUACUAUCCAUGGGCUUCUGAUCUUGCUAUUGAGCUUCGUAUUCCUCGCUUUAUUUUUCAUGUUAAAUGUUAUUUUGCUCUUUGUGCUGCUGAAGUUCUUGCUAAGUCCGCUCCACAGGAAAAGGUUGAAUCUGAUAGUGAAGUUUUUCUUCUUCCGGAUCUACCAGAUGAGAUCCCAAUGACCCGUUCUCAGCUUCCGGAAUGGAUCCAGACCCGGAGUCCAUUUACAGAGUUUAAGGAAAGAAUUGAUGUUGGUGAUCAUAAAAGUUAUGGGGUUAUUGUCAACAGUUCGUACGAAUUGGAGAAAGCUUAUGCAGAUUUCUACAGCAAUAACUUGGGCCGACGGGCCUGGUCUAUUGGCCCUUAUUCCUUACAUUGCGACAAAGUGAAUGCUAAUAAGAAAAUAGAAGAAAAGGAAGAACACCCAUGUUUUGAAUGGCUUGACAAAAUGGAAGAAGGUAAAGUUAUCUAUGUAAGUUUUGGUAGUCUAGCUUGUUUUGGAGAAGCUCAAAUAUGUGAAUUAGCUGCUGCAUUAGAAUCAUCGGGCCACCCAUUUAUUUGGGUAGUAAGAAAAGGAGAAAAAUGGGUCCCCGACGGGUUUGAAGCCCGAAUCAAGGAACAAAACAAAGGGAUUUUAAUAACAGGAUGGGCCCCCCAAGUACAGAUACUAGAGCACCCAUCAAUAGGCGGGUUUAUAACUCAUUGUGGAUGGAACUCAACCGUUGAAGGGUGUACAAGUGGGGUCCCAAUGGUUACAUGGCCUAUUUCAGCAGAACAAUUUUAUAAUGAGAAGUUGAUAAGUCAUGUUUUAAAGGUUGGGGUAGAAGUGGGAAGUAAAAAGUGGACUAGAUCAAUUGAAGAGUGUAGUGAGAUUGUGGAAAAAGAUAAGAUUGAAAAGGCAAUUAAGGAAUUAAUGAGUGAUAGUUUUGAAGCUCAAGAAAGGAGGAAAAAGGUUAAAGAGAUGAGUGAAGUAAUUAAAAAGGCUGUGGAUGAAAAUGGUUCUUCUUGUAAAAAUUUAAGUGAUUUGAUUCAAGAAUUAUUGCAUGUAAAAGAGAAAGGAUUACCCAAUGACAAUGGUUUAGAAUAAACUUAAUUUUGAGAUGUUAAUAAGGUUCUUUUGACCAUGAAAAGAAAAGAAAAUAAAUGAUGUUUAGUUUCAUCAUUCAUCCAAAGGCAAGUUCAUUUUCAUUCUAAUCUAGUUUUCGAUUAUCUUAAAUGACCUAAAUCAUUCUUCAAUCACAUGUAAUUAUAUUGUUGAUCAUGUUCGACAAGUUCGUGUGUUAUAUUAAGUGGUAGCUACUACUCCCUCCAAUUCACUAGUAUUGUGUUAUUUGCUUUUUGGACACUAUUUAUCUCUUACUCUUAAUUUGUACUCUCUUCAUUUCUUUUUAUUUGUCCACUUUAUUUUUUCAUGUGUUUCAACGCAAAUUUUUAACCUCGACAUCUCAUAGUACGC